AUGGGCGAACAUCUGUUGUUGACGCUUCCCUUUCCGAAGCCUGAACCUCUCCUAAAGGCCCUCCAUGAAGCCUUUCCCGACAUGAAGAUCACGUACGUGCGUCAUGAGGUGACGCCAGCCGAAGCCUUUUUCAAGCAAGACGUGGACGUCCCACCCGGAAUCCUGCGUGAAGUCACCUGUCUAGCGACAUUCGGCUUCGUCCCGGAGCCUUCGGACGCGCCCAGCCUGCGCUACAUCCACUUCGCCGUCGCGGGGACGGACCACGUCUCCCACAAGGCGGCCUUCAGGGACCCAGGCGUGACCAUUACGACGUCGGCGGGGGCGUCGAGCAUCGCGGCGGCCGAGUGGGUGGUUGGGUCGGUGCUGGCGCUGACGCGGCGGCUGUUUGCGUUCCGGGAGAUGCAGGGGGACAAGGUCUGGGGGAAUGGGGUGCCGGAGGGGACGCCGUUUACGCUGGAUGGGAAGAGGAUGGGGAUUGUUGGAUAUGGAUCGAUAGGGCGUCAAGUGGCGCGUCUGGCUCAAGCUCUGGGCAUGGACAUUAUCGUCUACAACUCCCGCCCGCGCGUCACGGCAGAGGAUCGCAAGGACCGGAACUGGUUCCAGCCCGGCUCGGGAGACCCCGAUGGCUCCAUCCCGAGCGCGUACUUGCACGGCCAGUCCAAGGAGCAGCUGGCCGCGUUUCUCGCGCAGGGGAUAGACGUCCUGGUCCUUGCCCUGCCGCUGACGCCGGCGACGAAGCACCUCAUCGGCGAGGAGGAGCUCGCUGUGCUCAACGCCAGCGGCGGCGGCCCGGCCAUCCUGGUGAAUGUCGCGCGGGGGGCGAUUGUCGACCAGGACGCGCUGGUUGCGUCGCUGAAGAAGGAGGGAGGAGAAGGAGGGCUUUGGGGCGCGGCGCUGGACGUGACGGAUCCGGAGCCGUUGCCUGCGGAGAGCGAGCUCUGGGGGAUGCGGAACGUGUUUGUGACGCCGCAUGUGAGUUCCGUUGCGCGGGGGACUGUCGUGCGGGCGUUGAGGAUCUUGAGGGAGAAUCUGGGGAGGAGGCAGAGGGGGGGGGAGAUGGUGAAUGUGGUGAAGACGGGGGGCGGGAGGGUGUGA